AUGGCGGCGGACUGGGAGGAAAUCCGACGUCUGGCCGCGGACUUUCAGAGAGCUCAGUUUGCGGAAACAGUGCAAAGACUGUCGGAGAGAAACUGCAUCGAGAUCAUCACUAAACUGGUGGAGGACAAGCAGCUGGACGUGGUGCACACUUUGGACGGGAAAGAGUACAUCACCCCGGCUCAGAUCAGCAGAGAGAUCAGGGACGAGCUGUACGUGCACGGAGGACGAGUCAACAUCGUGGAUCUGCAGCAGAUCCUCAAUGUGGACUGGGUGCAUGUUGAGAACAGAGCCAGUGAUGUCGCAAAGUCUCAAGGAAUUCAGCUGGUUCUGGGGCAACUCAUUGAUGAUGGAUACCUGGACCGUUUGGCUGAGGAGGUGAACGACAAGCUGCAGGAGGCCGGUCUGAUCAGCAUCGCGGAGCUGUGUAAGAACUAUGAUCUGCCCGGAGACUUCCUCACAGAGGAACUGUCCAAGCGUCUUGGAAAACUGCUUCAGGGAGAAAUGGACCAAUACAACAAAGGCAUCAUCUUCACUCAGGCCUUUGUUUCGCGACACAAGGCCAGGAUCCAGGGGCUCUUCAGCGCCAUCACCAGGCCCACACCUGUCAGCAGUAUGAUUGGGACUUUUGGAUUCCAGGAGCAUCUUCUCUACUCUGUCCUGGAGGAGUUGGUAAACAGUGGUCGUCUGAAAGGCUCGGUUGUAGGAGGCAGACAGGACAAAGCUGUGUAUAUCCCUGAUAUUUAUGCCAGAACACAGAACGCCUGGAUCGACUCUUUCCUCCAACAGAACGGAUAUUUAGAGUUUGAUGCUCUGGUGCGACUGGGCAUCCCUGACCCCAGCAGCUACAUCAAGAAGAGGUUUAAGUCCAGUAAACUGUUGUUCCUGCGAGCGGCUUGUGUGGGCCAGGGUCUGGUGGACCAGGUGGAGGCCUCUGUGGAGGAGGCCGUCAGCUCCGGAUCAUGGACCGACAUCCAGCCCAUCCUGCCCAGCUGCCUGUCCGAGGACGACAUGGGGAUGCUGAUAAACCAGGCCAUGAGGAACAUCAACGCCCAGACGUCAGCUCGAGUCCUGGGAGGAACCGUGGUGGUCAGCGAGAAGUUCCUCAGCAGCUGCCUCACGCUGUUCGACGACGCCAUGCAGCAGAAGGCGGUCAAGGAAGUGAAGAAUAAUCCAGUGUUCCUGAUCACGGAGGACGACGUGAAGCAGGCGUCUCUGCUCUCGGAGACUUCAGCCAUGUCCAAGAAGGAGAAGAGAGAAGCAGAACGCAAGAAGAAGACCACGGAGGGCAGUGGCAGCGUGAAAUCUGGCGGUGGAGGAAAUGCCAGAGAGAUCCGAAUCCGUAAAACCAAAAAGAAAGGAAGAAGAGACGACGACAGCGAUGAGGAAACUGGAUCCACUCAACAGGGUCGCAACAAACCGCCGGAGGUCGUGUUCAUGGCCGAAGACGAGAUCGUGAAGGUGUUGGAGCAGCGCCUCUCGGACCGUCCGGACGACAUCCUCUCGGAGCUCGCCCAGAACCUGCUGCGGCCUCUGACCAAGAACUACCAGGAGGUUCUGCGCAGCGUCUUCAUGACCUCCAGCAGCUCCACGUCCGGCGCCAACAAGAAGCAGAGCAUGAAGGACCUGCAGGACGAGAUCUGCAACCUCUACAACAACAUCCGGCUGUUCGAGAAAGGAACCAAGGCUUUCUCUGACGAGACCCAGGUGCACAUCUCCAAACACGUCCUGAAGACCGUGUGCACAGACGUGACCAACAUCCUGCUCAACUCUCUGGCUGCUGACCUCAUGAUGUCCACGGAGAACCCCUGCUCCAUCAGUGCAGAGGUGAGACUGAAAAUCAUCGGGAAACUCCCAGACGAGACCAAGGGGCCCCUGAUGAAACUGCACAACACUCUGAAUGGAAAAUCAAUAGAAGAUUUUUUGACAAACAUCGAGAGCUCAGCAGAAGUUUGUGGGUUCAUGUUGAAGAAAGCGGAUAAGAAGAAAGAGAGACAGAGCAUGUUCGUGCACAGACAGUCUCUCCUGCAGCAGCUGAAGGACACAGAGGACCCGGCGCUGGUUCUGCAUCUGGUCAGUGUUCUGCUGUUCCAGUCGUGCACCCAGAACCUGCUGCACGCACCGGGACGCUGUGUACCGCAGGUCAUCGGCACGCUCACCAGUCGCAUCCCACAGGAGCAGCAGCAGCUCCUGACCUUGUACCAGAGUCUGGUGGUGAAGCAGCUGCUGAGCCGCAAACAGGAGGAGGCCGAGGAGGCGAACGAGGAGGAGGAGGAGAAGGAGGUCCGCGCUCAGACCCUGGCUCUGACUCCACUGGUCAAAGAGCUGGUGACGGCCCCCAAGAAGACCGAGGAGUAG